GCUCAUCCAGCAGCUCUCAUGUCUUUUUCCUUUCAGUAAGAAGACAGACUUAAAAGUGAGCAGAUGAACUGAUGGAGGAAAAUCAUGAUGGCAUCACAACCUGAUUCAGAAAUCAAAGACUUGAGGAUCGUGCUGCUCGGGUCGAGGGGAGCAGGAAAGAGUUGGUCUGGAAACACCAUCCUGGCAGGAGAGCAGUUUGGUGCUGGGAGAACUGCUCAGUGUGUGAGUGGACAGGCAGAAGUGAGAGGGAGGCGGCUCACUGUGGUCGACACGCCAGGAUGGUGGAAAAGUGCCUCUAUUGAUGAUACCACUGAGCUUGUCAAACAAGAACUUGUCUGCUGUGCAUCCCCGGGCCCUCAAGCGUUCCUUUUUGUGGUUCGGAUGGAUGUUCCCUUCCUUAACGAACAUAAGGCAUCGGUGAAGGAACACAUGGGGCUUCUGGAUGAGAGAGUCUGGAGUCACACAGUGGUGCUGUUCACCUGUAGAGACCAACUGGGAGACAAAACCACUGAGCAAUACAUUGAGAGUGAAGGAAAGCCUCUCCUUUGGCUCAUCGGGAAAUGUGGCAACAGGUAUCACACCCUCAACAACAAGAACAGGGGCGAUGGCUCUCAGGUCAUAGAGCUGCUGGAGAAGAUAGAGGACAUGGUCACUAGAAGCGGAGGGAGAUGCUAUGAAGUGGACACCAAACUCAUUCAGCAUGUGGAGGAAAUGAGGGCAGCACAGAGGGACAGAGCAGAGCAGAGGCGGGCACAUGUGGAUAUAGAGAGAUCGAUAACGGGACGCCCCUCCUGUCUGUCAAAGCUGAGGAUUGUUCUGCUGGGACACAGAACGGCAGGCAAGAGCAGCUCAGGAAACACCAUCUUGGGCCAGGAGAUACUGAAGUCAGGGAGAACUUCUCAGUGCACGGCGAGACAACGACAAACAGCCGGCAGGAAGAUCACUGUGGUCGACACACCAGGAUGGUGGGCGAACGCCUCAGUGGGAGACACCAGUGAGCUCGUGAAACAGGAAAUUGUCUCUAGCUUGUCUCUAUGUCCUCCGGGACCUCAUGCUCUGUUGUUGGUGUUGAGAGCUGACAUCGCUUUUCCAAAUCAGUUUGGGGCAGCAAUACUUGAGCACCUGAGUCUCAUCAGCGAGAGAGUGUGGGACCAUACUAUUGUGCUUUUCACCAGAGGAGACUAUCUGGGAGACAGACCCAUAGAGCAGUACAUUGAGAGUGAAGGGGAGGCCCUGCAGUGGUUAACUGAGAUGUGUGGAAACAGGUAUCAUGUCUUUAACAACAGGAACAGGAGUGAUGGCUCUCAGGUUACAGAGCUGCAUGAGAAAAUAGAGGAAAUGGUGGCUCGAAAUGGAGGAAGAUGUUAUGAGAUAGGUAGACAGAAGUCACAAAUGGUAAAACUGAACUGGAAUUCAAGGAAAGAAAGAAAAUGGAGAAAGGCUCUGAUGAAGAAACACAAGCCAAGCCCUUCGACACCAUUGGCAGAGCUUACAGUUGUGCUGCUGGGACACAGAGGAUCUGGGAAGAGCUCAUCAGGGAACACCAUCCUGGGACGAGAAGGACUCCUAUCCGGGACAACAUCUGGCAGCGUGAGGCAACAGGGGGAAGUAGCAGGACGUCUGGUCACUGUGGUUGACACUCCAGGAUGGUGCAUGACUCUCUCUGCUGCACCCGUCUGUGGAGAGGUUCAGCUGGAGAUCAUGAGCAGCACAUCCCUCAAUCCACAUGCCUUCCUUCUGUUUGUCCGUGUUGAUGUUUCCUUCAGCGAGAGCAUCAAGACAGCGGCAGAGAAACAUCUGCUUCCUCUCACUGAAAGAGACUGGAGUCGCGUGAUAGUGGUGUUCACUCAUGGAGACUGCCUGGGAAACAGAACCAUUGAGCAGUACGUGGAGAGCGAAGGGGAGGCGCUCAAGCUUCUUGUUGGGAAAUGUGGGAACAGGUAUCAUGUUUUCAACAACAAGAACAGGGGCGAUGGCUCUCAGGUCACAGAGUUGCUGGAGAAGAUAGAGGACAUGGUGGCAGGAAAGUCUGAUUUUCCACUUUCCAAUGCAUCAAACAGUACAUCAAACCUGCCACAUGGGAGUCAAGAUGGCCUCUUCUUUAUCACCCCUGCAUCUGAAACACACGGCAGUGAUGACCCCUCUGCCUCUGAGCCCAGGGCAUCUCAGAGCGCAGGAAACAUGAACCAUGGUGGUGGUGGUGGGAGGAACUUUGGACCGAGGUGGAAUCGUCUGCCAAAUCUCCUAACUCGUCUCAGAAAAUCCAGGGACGAUUCAGAGAUCCUCAUAAAUGAGAAAUGAGGGUGGUCAUCCACAAGUUCCUCUUUCUUCUAUAUCUCUGGUGCUAAGCUCUCAUU